GCACAAUCGAUCAGUCUUGCCACAGCUAGCGACGUUCGCCAACUUUGUAACGGUACGCGAUGACUCAAAAACUGGAUACCGCACAAGUAAUUGCUGCCCUACUCGUCGUGUUGGCGCUAUCGGCCCAUUGUGCGAGCGGAACACGGAAGAUAAAGCGGCAAACAACGUGCACGGAAGAUAAUGAAGAGUUCCUCACGUGUGGUCCCAGGUGCCCGGAGAACUGCCCGCCGUCCGAGUUGGAGCUGUGCCCGGAAGAAAGCUGCACCGUCGGAUGUUUCUGCAAGGAGGGAUACGUGCGCUUCUUCGGUCAUCGUUGCAUUGAAAAAUCCGAGUGCCCGUUCUGAUUGGCCCUGGCCAUAGCCCGUGAACAUGCAUAGGUUAAGUUGUAACAGUUGCCAGUAAAGGAAGGAAGCAUUAGCAGACACGACAAAGCGAAGGGCUUCUUAUUGAACGGUUCGAUCGACGGUUUCGUUAAAACAUUACAUACAAAGGCUUACUCUUUUUAUUCAAGCUACGGGCCGGUUCCCUCCGGUGCUUAACCGAACCAGUGUGCGGCCAUGCAAUCGCGAGUCCACGGGGUCUGACAGACCCAGCACCACUCGAAACCGCACCCGGAGCGCGUACAAACCAUGUGCAUGCAUCCGCCGUCGCGUUCGGUCGCUGUCCGGCACUGGGGGCACGGUUUCGUGGUCACCUUGAUAGCAAUCUUCGUCGCCUCGUCCCAGCGCGCUUCCGAGGCACGUAACGGAUCGAUCGCGUAACCC